GGGGCGGGGCUAGUGGUUGCAAGAUGGCUACAAGUGAUGAUGGUGUCUUGUUUGAAUUUGGUGGAGUGGAAUGGAGCAGCUCUCCCGUUACUUUCCAUAGGAACACGGGGAAGAAUGUUAAGCUAACAAAGAGCAACACAGUAGCCACAAGGACUAAGAGCCAUAACUGUGCUCUAGUGUUCACCAGUGAGCCAGUGGUUAUUGGACAGAUGCUCAAGGUCACUGUGACAAUGAGAGGGGGAGGGUCCCGGUGCGGACUUGGUGGAAUGGAUAUUGGCUUCACUGGAGAGAACCCGGAGGACUCGACACUGGCACGGUUAAAAUGUUUGGACUGGCAGGAUAAGCACAAGCAUUUACUGUGUACUAGCGGCUCUUCUCUCCAAUACAAGGAUGAGGAACUCUAUGAGAUGGGUUUCCACACUAAAGAUUUUGUAGUGGGUGAAUCCUUAGGAAUGUUGCUGACGCUGGAGAAGGAGGUCCACUGGUUUGUGAAUGAUGUGUGGAGAGGGUCUGUACGUGUGGAGGACUACCCCCUGGACACACCUAUGUGGGGGGUCAUGGACGUUUAUGGACAAUGUAAACAAGUCAAGGCAGAGAUGUGCACUGUGUCCAGGUACAACCCUGACUCAGAGAGGAGGCUGAGAGAGAUGGGACUAGUACAGGAUGCAACACUUCAAGCAGUGGGAACACAGUCGAUGUUUGCAAGGUUUGGAUUACCUAAUGCACAAGAUGAUGUCACUUCAACUUUACAAUCGGAAAAUGGUCAACUACAGCAACAGCUCACACAAUCACGCUCAGAAAAUCAACAACUUCGACGAGAGGUGUCAGAAAAAGGCCAAGAAAUCACUCAACUACAGCAACAACUAACACUUUCUAAUGACAUGUUGAGACAACAACAACGAUCUGACACAGAGAACCAACAGCUGGUAGGGACCCUCAGAGGACAAGUGGACGUCCUCCAACGAAGAAUGGCCCCUCUCUCAGCUACCAAUCGUAGCAGCCACCCUCAGGAGGUGGAGUUCUGGCAGGUGUCUCCAGAGGAGGUGUCUAUUAGAGAGGACGAGAUUCUUGGUCGAGGGGCCUGGGGCUACGUUGCCAAGGGAACCUUUAGAGGAACAAUAGUGGCCAUCAAACGAGUGUAUCCUGAAAUUCUACGACAGACUACGAUGGAUCGAAUUCGUCGUGAGAUUCGCACCAUGGCUCAGAUCCGCCACCCCAACCUUGUUCUCUUUGUUGCUGCCGACCUCAACGAGCAAACCGGUCCCAUGAUUGUCACAGAGCUCCUGGAUACCUCUCUACGUUCUGCCUACCAGGACAAUCGUGUUGGUCCCAACAAGCGAAGAAUCUUUAGAGACAUCUCCUCAGCUCUGGUUUAUCUCCACCGACAGAGGGAACCCAUCAUCCACAGAGAUGUGAGCUCUGCUAAUGUCCUCCUUCUCUCUCUACCCAACAACAAAUGGCUUGCCAAACUCUCUGACUUUGGAUCAGCCAACCUAGCUCGAGAUGCCACUACUCCUGGAGAAGGUGCUAUCCUGUACACUGCCCCUGAGGCCUAUCCCCAACCACCUUCAUCACGUCAACCACGACCACGACAGACGACAAAGAUCGAUGUGUACAGUUUAGGAGUGCUUGCUUGUGAAGUGGUGACUCGAACAUUUCCGAAAUCUGAACAGUUUUAUCGUCUGCUAUUGAGUAUGGAAGGUGUAUGGCGGGAGCUCCACCCACUCAUCACCUCCUGUGUCUCUCACUCCCCUCAGGACAGACCCUCCAUGGACACUGUGCUACACCACAUCAAACAAUUGGACUCUGAGCCUUAGGACAUUUAGUGUAAUUUCUAUACGUGUGUUAUGUUUCUAUUAUGCUGGUUUAUUUGUGUGAAAUAAUUGUAGUAAAGUAUUGAUUUUCGAUG